CUACAUAUUGCAUCUAGAGGUCUUGACUAGAACAGACUAGAAUUUAAACACCCCAGGAAAUGAGAAGCAAUCUCCGUUCUUAUCAUUUGUUCCAGACGAAUCAGGUCCAUUACUGAUGUUCAUCUUUUAAAUGAUCAGAACAGUAUGGCACAUGUUGGAAUUUGAGCUCACUUGUACAGUCGGCUUGCGCUCUUCAGUUUCAUGCUCUUUUCAUGCACUUCAUACUACCCAAGGUACAAUGAACUCUGUUUUGCAUAAGAGACAAUCCUCCAUUGUUGGACUAUUUCUCUCUUUGUCUGUCUUCAUCCUGAGCUGUGAGAGCGGCAAAGUUCUGGUUUAUCCAGUGGACGGCAGUCAUUGGGUCAACAUGAAGGUGCUGAUCGAGGCGCUGCACUCCAGGGGUCAUAACAUCACUGUGAUCCGACCCAGUUCCAGCUUUUACCUAAAAGAAGACCCCUCACUGUUCACGUCUAUCGUAGUGAAUGAUGGCAUUGAAAAUGUGGGUGGAUUUUUUGAAGAGUUUUUAAGUUCCAUGAUAGACAUCCAGAAAGGUGAGGCGUCUGUGCUGACCUUCUUGAAAACUCAGAUGGACUUUUUCUACAUGAUCUCCCAUGCACACUUUGUCACAUGUAAUACAAUGAGUAAGAUCAUUGAGGAUAAAGAGCUGAUUAAGAGGCUUCAAGAUGAACAAUAUGAUCUUGUUCUGACUGAUCCAGCCAUGACAGCUGGGGUAGUUUUGGCCCGUUAUUUGAAAUUACCCCUUGUUUUAAAUGCACGCUGGAUCACCAGCGGUGAGGGUCACUUUGCCAUUGCACCUUCGCCACUGUCCUACAUACCUAUAACAGGUACUUGCCUCUCAGACCAAAUGACUUUCUUUCAAAGAGUUAAGAACAGCCUUUUCUAUGCAAUUGUUCUUUUCCAAGAUAAAUUUGUGGUGGGGCCACAUUACAAAGCUCUAUGUGAUAAAUACUUUGACGAGGACUGUGACAUUGUCAGCUUCCUCCAGGAGGCUGAUAUUUGGCUCAUGAGGCUCGACUUCGUGUUCGACUUCCCCAGACCCACCAUGCCGAAUGUUGUUUAUAUGGGUGGAUUCCAGUGCAAGCCUUCAAAGCCCCUCCCUGAAGACUUGGAGGCUUUUGUGCAGAGUUCAGGAGAACAUGGCUUCAUCAUCAUGUCCUUGGGAACACUGAUAGACAGUCUUCCAGCUGACACAGCAGAUGAAAUUGCUGCUGUGUUCGCAAAACUACCUCAGAAAGUCAUCUGGAGGCAUCUGGGACCAAAACCUUCCACUCUGGGAAACAACACUCUGCUGGUGAACUGGAUGCCACAGAACGACCUCCUGGGACACUCCAAGAUCAAGGCGUUUGUAGCCCAUGGAGGAACCAAUGGAGUCCAGGAGGCCAUCUACCACGGAGUGCCUGUGCUCGGCAUCCCUUUGAUCUUCGAUCAGUUUGAUAACCUCGUCCGGAUUCAAACAAGAGGAGCGGCAAAAAUUCUCGAGUUGUCUCAACUGAAUGGCCAAACUUUUGAACAGAUGCUACUGAAAAUUCUCAAUGAUGACUCUUAUAGGACCAACAUGCAGCGACUCUCCAGUCUACACAGAGACCAGCCUAUGAAACCUCUAGACUCAGCUGUCUUCUGGAUUGAGUAUGUUAUGAGGAAUAAAGGAGCCCCUCACCUGCGCACAAAGGCCUAUAGGAUGCCUUGGUACUCCUACCAUUCAGUGGACGUGAUUCUGUUUCUGCUUAGUAUAGCAGCAGUGCUGACAUUCACCACAGUAGUAUUCAUUAGAUGUGUCUGUCGUCGAGCGUGUGGUAAAAGAAAAGUGAAAAACGAGUGAAUAUGGUACUACCAGUAAUGUUCUACACUCAAAUUAAGCACAAUCCUGGAGAACCGCAGGACAAAACUGCUAUUUAUGUAGUAUAAAAUAAGUCAUACAAUGUUAAUCCUGGAGAAAAGUCACUGAAGUGUCACAUUUGACACGAUGCACUUUGACCUUUACUAAGAUUUUGUGUUUUAUGUUAACAUCUACUCUGACCUAUUACCUAAAUCUUUGAAAUGAAUAAUCAGUCAGGAUUACCUAAGGAAAAACAAUGUCCACUGCAGCUGUACAGUACACUGUUGUCAUAUAUUCCACUAUCACCUUCAGUAGAUAGUAAUAAAAUGUCUAGUAAAUUAAAGGUUUUACCACCACUCAUCCUGUUUUUAUGUUUAUGACUUGUACUCAGAUAUGAAAACUGAUUAUUGAUGUAACAGCAAACAUGACUUUCUAGUGAAAAAACAUUAGCAUUAAGCUAAAAAAGCAUCCAGAAAGCAUCCAGAAAGCAUCCAGGUGAACAGAAUUAUAUUGUUUUCUGCCAGUGCUGAAAUUUGGUUGUACAUUCAUUUUAAUUUUUUAUUUUUUGUAUCGAUGGGCCCAAUAAAUCUGUAUGUUAAUGCCAGUUUAAUAUUUUUUUCACUACCUUACACUUUAAAAAAAAAAGGGUUCCACAAUAAGUUCUUUGGGUAAUGUCAUAGAAUAAUAGUUCCCAAACAUUUUAGUCCAGUAGCCCCUCAGACCCCCCUCACUCUUUACAUAUACAGUGCUCACAAGUAUUUUUUAUUUAUUUAUUUUUUUUUUUUUGAAUUAAUUAAUCUUUUAAUAUAUUAUGCAGGACUUUUAUUUUGUACCACAUUAACCUGUAGCUCUUUUCUUUUUUAACCCAUUUUCUCUACUUAUUCCUUGACAACUGCCUCACGCCUUCAUCAUAUCUGAUGGAUUUUAAACAGUAUCUCACCUCAUAGCAACCCUUACUUUCAUGUAUUGUUGAAAACCUGCAUAAUUUCAAUAGAAUCCCACCAACAACUGGUUUGUAACUAGUUAAAACUAUUAUUUUCAGAGGAUCUUAACACUAUUCAGACAAAGCAAUGACUAUUGACAUUUCACAGUCUGCAGGUAAAAAAGUCAGGAAAUGAGCUCUAUUAGUGAUAUUUUUCCUAUGUUUGCAUUUCUGAGUCUAUUUCCUCACAGAACAGAAAAAAAAUGUCCACAUGUGGUCUAGAGGGACUCUUCAUGCAUGUCAGCUUAUGUGUGAAACUGGCCAGGAAACAGGCCUGAACUGUUUAUCUCAACUUUAUUGUUAUAAGCCCACCGCCUCAGUCAAACAGGAGUGGGCUUGUAUUAUUAUGUGGUGUGUGGCUUUGCUGUCACAUACUGCAGUUUUACUGUGAACAAUGUUUGGAAAGAAAGAACCAUCAGAGGUUACAAAGCUGGAUUUAUUGGCUGGUAAUCAGACUUCACUCAAUUUAAGAGACUCUCUGUUGAACAAUGUUGCUGUUGAUGAGUUCAGGAUUUGUUGAAGCUGAACCAGUUUCAGAGCCUAUACCCCUCAGGAAUCCCUACAACUGGCUUUUGAUACAGAAAGUGUCAGAUAAGUGACUUACAAGGUUGUGCUGAGUUAACUGAACACUAAAUUAUUAUUCUGCAAAUUUACAGUGACUGGUAAAUCUGUAAUUAAAAUGUACAGCACUGUAAUUUCUUAUCAUAAUUACACAUUUCAAAUGCAGUACUAAACUCUCCUUUUAUAAAACUGCAUAUUACAGAAAUCAGCAAUAUUCUCUUUUCUGAAUGACACUUUUGCACACACAUAUUAAGAAAUAAAAUGAAAACUGCAGUUUCAAAAUGACAGUAAAGUUGAAUGUAAAUACAUUUUAAGAGUCAAAAAUCCUAACAAAGGAAUCACACAUUAUCUAAGCUGCUUAACAAAGGAAUCAGUUGUUUCAUUAUAGUUUUUCAAAUACAAAAAAUAGCUAUUCUUUCCAAAGUUAACAGAAAAAAAAAAAUAUAUAUAGUACAAUCAUGCUUUACAAGCCCCAAAAGUCAAGCUUUAAAAAACAGGAAUCCUAAAUCUGUGUUUUCUUUUCUAAUUAGGUAAAUUUCAUCUUGCAGGCAAAGAGUAAACUUGUACUAAGUAACCCUUGUGUGGUGUUCAGGUCUGUGGGACCCAUUUUCAAUGUUUAUCAAAAGAAAAAAUGACGUGAUUUAUUAAUAUUUCAACCUCAGAUUCUUGGCCUUUUGAUCAUUUUAUGUGAAGAACAUUUAAAAUAACACAUUUUCAGUGACUUCACACUGUUCACCCCCCACACAUUUAUAUUACAUGUGAUGUUUGGGUUCACUGAACCCACGGGUAGUAAAAUUGUGGACAUAUGCAACACACACAAAAUAAAACUCCGCCCCUGUUGUAUAGGCUGGCAUCAACAGGCUAUGUUCAAUAAGGCUGACGUGUUGUGUGGUUGGCUGGUGUUUUUUAGACAUAAAUGUUUUCAAUUUCUUAUUAAUUUUUCAUUUAGAUUUGUUCAAAAUAAACAUGUUUUUCCACCCA